AAGAGAUAUGCUCUGCUAGCUUACCAAAUUAGUUGGAGGAUAGGGAGAAGAUAUUGCAAAAAUUAGUUGGGGCCGAGGAAGACAUUUUGCCCAGUAGAUAAGGAUACCUCCGUCUCUUAACAUUUAACAGUACCAAAGCAACUCACAUUUAACAAUAUGCUCAAAAAAUGACUCACAAGCUACUUUUUUGACUGAUAAUAGAAAUCAGCCAAAGCAGCCAAAUGAAGUGAUGUUUGGCUAUUUUAUGAAUUUUCAGUCUGAUCAACCCAUUUUUACUCUUCCAAACACCCUCCUAGUUUAGAUUAUAACCUGAUUUUGUGGCUAAAAAGCUAAGUAAUAAGUUUAAUUUUAAACUUAAUUAAAUAAGUAAAUUUAAAGUUAUUGCUCUGCUCUAAAUUGAGAGCAUUUUCAUCUAUGCUUUAUAUCAUUUUUCAUUAUUUUAUUAAAAUAAUAUACUACAUAUUACUCCGUAUUAUAUACUUCAUUCAAUCACUGGGCGUUUUAAAUUAUUUGUAGGGAAAGAAUAAAAACUUCAACGCAUGCAUUGUAAAUAAACACGGAUUAGAGUAGAUGCUUUCCUUUGUUUUAUUUUGUUUCGAUUGAUAUAUAUUUCUGUUAGGUGACUGAGGAUAGAGUGACAGAGCCAAGGAGGGAGAUAGAGGAUGGGUUUCCUGUCACAGAGAGUGGAGAGAAGCGAAUUAGCAGCCGGCGACCAUAUCUACACUUGGAGAGCUGGCUUUGUGUACGCUCAUCAUGGAAUAUAUGUCGGAGGCAAGAAAGUGGUUCAUUUUACAGCAACCGAAGGUAGUACUGAUGCAACUACACGCCUCUUUGCUGUCUGUACCUCUAGUUCAAUAUGCCCAACUGUAUGCACAAAUCAGGACAUUCCUGAUUGUGGAUUCCAUAAGAGUAGCGGAGUCUUCCUAUCUUGCUUGGAUUGCUUUCUCGGGAAUGGAUUAUUGUAUAGAUUUGAGUAUGGUCGAAGAUCUUUGGUUUUACUUGCAAAACUCCGUGGGGGUACAUGCACUACUGCAGAAUCUGAUCCACCAGAAACUGUGAUCCGUAGGGCCAUGGACAUGCUUCACGACGGAUUUGGAAAGUAUGAUCUCUUUAACAGGAACUGUGAAGAUUUUGCCAAAUACUGUAAAACAGGAUACGUCAUCAAUCCUACAAAAGCUUAUCAAGUGGCUUGCAGACUAGGCCUAGGCUCUAUGGGUCUUGCAGCCGUAUUGAACCCAACUGUUCCGGUUGGCUUGAGUUUGGGAAUGGGGGUGAAUUUGGUAAGUAGGUAUGCAAAUGACAUUGGUGUGAGAAGAGAAGUAAACACUUGGUUGAAGAAAAUGUGCAAGACUUGGGGAUGCAAAUUAGCAUAAAGAGAAACCCACUCCUACUUGUUAUGCAUUGGCUAAUUCAUAAGCUUUUGAUCUAAAUUUCUAGAUAGCUUGUAGAAGGAGAAAAUGGAAUUUUAUGUUUACCUACGAUUGAUUAUCAACAACUUUUUAUUGAUUAAAGGCUAAAGGGUCAAAUAAGUACAUGAACUAACUUAAAGUGUUCAAUUAGCCUCUUAUAUAGAAGGUUCUGCCUGGCCGUAGCUAAUUGAGACGGUUCCCGGUGGAAUUUUUUGAUAAAAUUUUUUGAGCUUUUCUUUCAUUAAGUCUAGUUUAUCCAUACCAAAUUUCAGCUAAAAAUUCAACCUGAAAGGCAGUCAAAUGAUUUUUUGAAGAUAACUAUGCAGUUAAACAACACAGUACAUUUUGGAAAAUCAUUUGACUGGCUUCCCGAUUUAAUUUUUAGCUGAAAUUUGAUAUGGGUAAACUCGACUUAAUGAAGAAGAUGCUCAAAAAAUUUUAUCAAAAAAUUCAACCGGGAACCGCCCCAAUUGGCGACGGCCGGGCAAAACCUCCUAUAUAAGGGGCUAAUUGAACACUUUAAGUUAAUUCAUGUACCUAUUUGACCCUUUAGCCUUGAUUAAAUCAAUUAAGUUAUGGAAAUGGCGCGUAAUUGAAGCGAGGGGUGACACGGUACUAGUCUCAAGGAUUGGCCUGUUCGGAACCGCACCAUAUUAACCCCUACAAAGCAUUAUGCAACUUUUGUCACAGUAAUUUAUACGGAGUAUUUAUUAUUUAAGAGAUCAUUAUUCUAUGCUUAUUGUAACUUUAGUCAUGUUUCUUAAAAUAAUUUUAUUUCAAUGGAAAAACAUUUUAUUAUUAG